AUGGCAAAUCUCUUUCAUUUUGUCGUCCAAUCCAUUGUGACGACCGUUGUAUUCGCGGCAUUUUCACAUGGAUCGCGAACUGGGGCUCUGGAAGCCCAUCUUUUGGAUUCCAGGGGUGCGAACGAUUUCGAGUUCUCCUUCCAGCAGGUCCUUGACAACCCGUUUCCAUUCUACUUUCCACCUGAAGACAAAGCGGAGACUCCAGACUUGUUUCCUAUGCCAGACUGCCAUGGCUUCGCAUUGCAGGAGGCCACAAUCGAUCGGAUGCAGGAAGCCCUAGACAAUGGAAUACUGACGAGUGUGCAGCUAGUCCAGUGCUACACACAGAGAAUCAUGCAAGUGGAUGGAUACGUGAACUCCGUCCUUGAAAUCAAUCCAGACCAUAUUGCUAUAGCCCAAUCUCUCGAUGCUGAACGUGCUGCCGGAAAUGUCAGGGGUCCUCUCCACGGAAUCCCAUUCUUGGUCAAGGACAACAUAGCAACCAAGGAUAAGAUGGAAACAACUGUUGGUUCAUGGGCACUUGUAGGCUCUGUGGUUCCUCGCGAUGCUCAUGUGGUUCACCUACUUCGUGAAGCUGGAGCUUUGCUUCUUGGCAAAGCGACAUGUAGCGAAUGGGCCGAUAUGCGAUCGACCAAUUAUUCUGAAGGCUACUCAGCAAGGGGUGGGCAAGCGCGGACUCCGUACAACCUGACUCGAAGUCCAGGGGGAAGUAGUUCUGGUAGUGCAGCAGCUGUUGCUGCGAACAAUGUACCUUUCACUCUGGGCACGGAGACUGAUGGGAGUGUCAUCGAUCCGGCUUGGCGGAACGGACUGGUCGGUUUCAAGCAACGCGUCAUCCCAGAAUCAGAACACCAAGAUACAAUCGGUCCAUUUACUCGCUCAGUCCGCGAUGCCGUCUACGUGCUUGACGCAAUCUACGGCCUCGACAGCCGCGACGAUUAUACGUUGGCUCAGUCAAAUAAGACUCCCACCGGCGGCUACGCCCAGUUCCUGACUUCCAAAACCUCCCUUCAAAAAGCAAAGUUCGGUAUCCCCUGGUCGACAUUCUGGACGUACGCCGCGGAAGAACAGAAAAAGUCUCUUUCCUCUUUGAUCAAAUAUAUAGAAUCUGCAGGCGCCACCAUAAUCAACGGCACUGAAUUCCCCAACGCCGCAGAGACAAUUUCGCCGAAUGGUUGGGAUUGGGCCGAAUACACCGUCGUAUGCGUCGACUUCUACAAUAACAUCAACUCCUAUCUGGCCGAGCUCACAAACACCCCAAUCCGGAACCUGGCGGACAUCGUGCAGUACAACAUCGACAACGCCGGCGAAGAGGGUGGAGUACCGAAUAACGAAGGACGAGGUCACCCGGCGUUUUACUCAGGCCAAGAUUCCUUCCUCGACAGUCUCGCCACCAGGGGCGUACGAAACGAGACGUAUUUCCAGGCGGUAGACUAUCUGCGGCGCUCUGCAGGGCUCGAAGGUAUUGAUGCGGCACUCGCCAAUGGAGGGAGACGUGUGGAUGCGUUGCUUGUGCCACCAUCCGUAGGCCAGACCUAUCAAGCUGCUGCGCAGGCAGGCUACCCAAUGCUGACUUUGCCUGUGGGGGUAAACUCGGACAGCGGGGUUCCGUUUGGACUGGGGCUCAUGGUGAGUGCGUGGGAGGAGGAAAAGCUGGUGAGGUGGGGUAGUGCGAUUGAGGAUCUGAUUAGGAGUGAUGAAGAGCAGAGAUGGGGACGUAGAUUGCCGAGGUGGUUUGAAUACAGGGCGAGGAACGUGCCAGUGCUAUAG